AUGGGCGGCCAUCUUACCUUCUGGUUUCUACUUCCUCUCCUGUGCUAUUCACUGGCCAGUGAGGAGCUUAAGCUGUUAAACGACUUAUUUUCAAACUACGACAAAAACGCUCGUCCUGUCAAAUCCAUCCAUGACAUCAUCGAAGUCCGACUGAAACUCACACUGACCAACCUCAUCUCCCUGAAUGAGAAGGAGGAGACUAUGACAACUAAUGUAUGGCUCCAACUGGAAUGGGAUGACUACCGACUCACCUGGAAUACGUCAGACUACGGCGGGAUAGAAAUCUUACGGGUUUCAUCUGACAUGGUUUGGUUGCCGGACAUCGUUUUGGAAAACAACGUCGAUGGCCAGUUUGAAGUGGCGUAUUACGCCAACGUCCUGGUAUAUAGCACUGGCUACAUGUCUUGGCUCCCGCCGGCCAUCUUCCGGAGUGCCUGCGCUGUGGAGGUCACCUACUUCCCUUUUGAUUGGCAGAACUGCACACUGGUGUUCAGAUCAAAAACAUACAACGCUAAAGAAAUCAGUCUUCUUUUGGCUUUUGGCGAGAGCGGGGAGCUGUUGGAGCGGGUGGACAUUGACCCUGAGGCUUUCACAGAAAACGGUGAAUGGGCAAUAAAGCACUGCCCUGCAUGGAAGUAUCUGAACCAUCGCUAUACGGAGGACGACCUUCAAUAUCAGGAGAUUAAUUUUGGGCUUAUUAUUCAAAGGAAGCCACUUUUCUACAUUGUCAACAUCAUCGUACCGUGUGUCCUCAUCUCCUCCUUGGUAGUGUUGGUCUAUUUUCUGCCAGCCAAAGCCGGUGGUCAGAAAUGUACCACCUCCAUCUCGGUUCUCCUUGCUCAGGUUGUCUUCCUGUUCCUGAUUGCCCAAAAGGUUCCUGAAACGUCUCUGAGUGUCCCACUUAUCGGCAAAUAUCUGAUAUUUGUGAUGAUCGUGUCUACGCUGAUAGUGCUGAGUUGUGUCAUCGUUCUGAACGUGUCUCUGAGGACACCGAGCACGCACAACCUGACUGCCACCAUGAAACGGAGGCUCCUGGAGGUCGUACCACACUGAUACCUCCACAUGAAGGUCGAGCCGUGCGAGGAAGAAGGCGAGACGCCGAAGGAGAGGAGGAAGAGCUCCCUGGGGAUCAUGCUGAAGGCCGAGGAGUACGUCCUGAAGAAACCGCGGAGUGAAUUGAUGUUUGAAAGGCAGAGGGAGCGACACGGGCUGAGCCGGGACUCCCGGGGCCACAGAGGUGAAGAGGAGGGAGAACGCAAAGGCAAAAAGGGGCAGUGGAGGUGGCGGAUAGUUGACGGAUUUGAUGUUGGAGUGACCACUCCCUUAUUUAAGAAUCUGGCCCACUGUGCCCCGGAGAUAAAGGAGUGUGUGGAGGCCUGCAACUUCAUCACCUCCAGCACAAAGGAGCAGAAUAAGACCAGCGCGGAAAUGGAAAACUGGAUCUUGAUCGGGAAAGUUAUAGACGUCUUGUGCUUCUGGGGAGCUCUGCCCCUCUUCAUGGUGGGCACCCUCGCCAUCUUCUUCAUGGGGCACUUCAACAGCGCACCGGAGCACCCCUUUAAGGGCGGCGGACACCAGUUUCCCCCAUGUACAACGUCUAGUUAA